ACAAAGAGUAUUGUUUUUAAAUUACUCCCCUGGCGCUGUGCCUUCUCUUAGCAAGCAGCUGGUGCCUUCAGCAGAGAGAGCACUGUCCUACAGCAUUCCAGUUUCUGGAGAAUGCAGCUCUGUUCAAAAGGCGCUGUUCUUCUCUGGUCAAACCUGGCUGAAACUCUAGCCUGAUGGAAACGCUGACUUGUGGCACUGCUGGAGCCCUGCCUGUCCCGAGUGCCUGGACAGUGCCCUGACUGCUGCGCCAGAGAUGGGCGCGCAGACAGAAGCAGGCUGGGAACAAAUCCCGUGGGACUGGGGGAAAAGGAUACAGUAAGCAGAUCCUGGUGCUGGGCCUGGAUGGGGCUGGGAAGACUAGCGUUCUCCACUCCCUGGCAACUAACCAUGUCAAGCGCAGCGUGGCUCCCACCGAGGGCUUCAAUGCCAUCUGCAUCAACACCGAGGAGUCCCAGAUGGAGUUUCUGGAGAUCGGGGGCAGUGAAUCUCUGCGUUCCUACUGGAAGAUGUACUUGCCCAAAGUGCUGUUGCUAGUCUAUGUUGUGGACUCGGCUGAUCAUGCCCGACUGCCUAUGGCGAAACAGCUGCUUCAUCAACUGAUCCAGAACAACUCCACCCUGCCCGUAGUGAUUCUGGCCAACAAGCAGGACCUUGAAGGCGCGUAUUGCAUCACUGAUAUCCAUGAUGCUCUGGCACUGUCUGAUAUUGGGGACGAGAGGAAGAUGUUCUUGAUUGGUACCCACGUGGCAGAAGAUGGCUCUGAGAUCUCCUCCAGCAUGAAGGAUGCCAAGGAGCUGAUAGCACAGCUGGUUUUGGAAACACAGUGAUAGCUCUUUUCCUACAAGGUGGUGUUUGUGGCUGAGGGAGAGCAGGUGUUACUUAUGGCCAGUUUGCCAUGUAGCAACUGAAAUGUACAGAUAUGUUUUCCUUGUGGGUGUGGAAUUCCUCUGAAAGUGAUGUCUAGUUGGUAAGAAAAUCUAAUUUAUAGUGGUUUGAAAAUACAUUUGAGAAGUAGUCUAUUUUUAGCAUGUUUGUAGGGGGAAAUUAGUCUCUCAGACAGCAGAGUUCAGGGGAUAUAUGGCUUAGAUGGGCUAGUAGCUUCAUGCCAGGUGGGAAUCAAGCACUGAUGUCAGUGGAACAAAGUUGCAUCCAGUGAAUUUAACCUGGCUUGAUAUCUCAGGCUUAAACUGAAAUAUGUUUACUUCACAGAUUUUAUAGAAUCCUGUUAUUGGUGCUUAACAGGUAUUCUGAUAAAAAUAAGACCUCAUUUCUUGUCAGUGUCAGAAAUUGAAAGUGCUGCGACUAGUAUUUUUGACAGUGACAAUUCUUGCUGUGUUGGAGCUGGCUGUUAAGGGAGUGGUAAAUUGGUAAUCUCUGGAAAUUGGGUUGGUUUCUGGUUGUUUAGUGGGUAAGAACAAGAAAAUGAAAGCAGUAAUACAUUAAGUGUUUCUUUGCCUACAGGCAAAAAACCAAAAUGGUGUAAUUUGAGGUAGUGACUGGAAGCAUUUAAGUUAAAUUGGCACCAAAGCUGGGAGACUCCUUCUUCAGGCUGAGCGGCUUAUUUCAGCUUAGUCCGGGAUGUCCUCGAGCAAGCAGUCUUACGUGUGAAAACGCUGUUGUUUCUUGAAAGUGGUUUCUAUUAGCACAGCAGGCGGGGACGGUGAUGAGCUGCUGAUGGAGUGUCACUCUCCCAGUGUCCUCCUAAUUAUACUCGAAGGAGGGACCCGUGAGCAGUCCUGUAAAGGACCCGUUUUGCAACCGCAUCUAUUGUACGAGGCUUUUGUAGUUUUGUCCUUUGUAACAGAUGCAUAAAGCAGAAAAUUCCACCCUAA